AUGCGAGCCAUCACCCACGACAACUUAUGCUUAUUUGUCGGUCUGUGCAACGAGCCAUGCCACGUCAGCGUCCUUACCAAAUUCUGUCUGAGAGGAAGUCUGCAGGACAUACUCAACAACCACGACAUCAAACUGGAUGACAACUUCAAGCGCUCCUUCAUUUGUGACUGCAUACAGGGUUUAGACUACUUGCACAAGAGCCCAAUAAAAUCUCACGGGCGCAUGCGCAGUAACAAUUGUUUGGUCGACAGCAGGUGGGUGGUGAAGUUGAGUGCCUGGGGACUCGCCUGUCUCCACGGGGUCAAAGGUUAUGACAGCGAAGAGGAGAGAUGGCUAUUGUGGACGGCCCCUGAACUCCUAAACAACCCGAACCCCCCUCAAAAUGGAACACCCCUGGCAGAUAUAUAUAGCCUGGGGAUCAUUUUUCAAGAAAUUUUGUAUCGGUGCUUGCCGUAUCAAAGUGGUGGUGGAGUGCAUUUAAGUGCUGUAGAAAUAGUUACAAGGGUGAAGAACUUGGAGAGCCCCCCCUUCAGACCAAAACUGCCGGAAAACCAGCAGAUCGAUGUCAGGUAUUUGGAACUGGCGCGAGACUGCUGGCGCGAAGAUAAAAAUACCAGACCUCUGACUGCUAGACUGCAGGCCAAAUUCAACUCCUUCAAUAAAGGAAAAAUCAACAUAAUGGACAACAUGUUGAAGAUGAUGGAGAAGUACGCAAACAACCUGGAGGAGAUCAUCGGAGAGAGAACGAGGCAGUUGGAAGAGGAGAAGAAGAAAGCUGACAUGCUGCUCUAUCGAAUGCUGCCCGCUUCUGUAGCAGACAGUUUGAAAUUGGGACUCCACAUCAAUCCGGAGAUAUACAAGGAGUCGUCUAUCUAUUUUUCUGAUAUAGUAUCAUUCACGACACUGGCUUCUGAGUCGACGCCGAUGGAGGUGGUGGAUUUUCUGAACGACCUCUGGACAACUUUCGAUGACAUCAUUGACAAAUAUAAUGUCUACAAAGUAGAAACGAUUGGCGAUGCGUACCUGGUGGUGAGUGGCGUGCCAAAAGUGCACAGCAGACACGCUCCUGAAAUUGCCAACAUGAGUCUGGACAUCCUGGCUGCCGUCAAAACAUUUAAAAUCCGUCACAGGCCGGAUAGACAGUUGAAAAUCAGGAUUGGGAUGCAUAGUGGGCCCGUCGUUGCUGGAGUUGUUGGCCAGACGAUGCCUCGCUACUGUCUGUUUGGGGAUACGGUGAACACGGCGAGUAGGAUGGAAUCACAUGGCGUUCCCUUAAAGAUUCACAUAAGUGAGGCAGCUUAUAAAUUCUUGUUGAACGCUCCAGACGGCUACAUAAUGGAGCUGAGGGGCGAAAUUGAGAUCAAAGGCAAAGGAUUGCAGUUGACGUAUUUUCUUGAAGGGAGAAACGGAGAAAAAUAA